AUGAGUCUGAGUGCCGGAGCCUCAGGGGUGAACGACCCCUGUGCGGUGCCCACGGCUGAUGGCCGAAGCCACGAGCGAAGCCGCGGCGCGCUGCGGUUUGCAGCGAGACUGAUGGCACGGCCAACGGCACAACUGCGCACUCGGGCUCGAGUAGGAAGAGUUGAUCAGUGGGUCCCGCUAGGCGCUUGUCACGUUGUGGAUGCUGUGUCCGAUCUAAGCGAGUACACGGGGGCCUUCGCUAAUGCCGCACAUCCGCAGGGCCCGCACAGGGCCCGCAGGGUUGACCGGGCCGUCCCGUUCCGUUACGCGUGCGAUAAUUAUGCUUUUGUGGCAGUUGUCUGCGGAGUGGCGGCGAGCGGGCGAUGCAAGGGGGCGCCCGGAAGCGAGUCGCUU